AUGGCUACAUCAGAGAAAGGGCCACUUUUUAUCAAAUCCAUUGAUGGUACCAAAGAAUACAAAGACAAGCACUUCAUUGCUGACUUGUUUCUAAAGGUCAUUGGUGAGGUUGGGCAUCAACAUGUUGUCCAAAUUAUUAUUGAUAAUGCAUCUGUUAUGAAGGCUGUAGGAUCUAUUGUUGAAGCUGAAUAUCCUCAUAUAUUUUGGUCACCUUGUGUUGUGCAUACCCUCAAUUUGGCCUUGAGGAAUAUAUGUGCACCUAAAAACUCUUUGCAGAAUGAGGUUGCAUAUAAUGAAUAUAACUUGAUUGCACAAGUUUCAGAUGAGGCAACUUUCAUUUGUAUUUUCAUCACAAAUCAUUUUAUGAGAUUAGCAAUUUUUAAUUCAUAUUCCCCUUUGAAGUUACUUGCUGUUGCUGAAACACGAUUUGCUUCAAUAAUCAUCAUGCUUACAAGAUUGUUUCAAGUAAAACAUAAUCUUCGAAAUAUGGUCAUUAGUGAGGAAUGGAUGUCAUAUGGAGAAGAUGAUGUAGGCAAAGCUCAAACUAUGAGGGAUUAUGUUUUGAAUGAUUUGUGGUGGGACAAGGUUGCAUAUAUUCUGAGAUUCAUAGGACCUAUUUAUGAGAUGCUUCGAGUGGCUGACACGGAUGCACCUAUUCUCCAUAAGGUGUAUGAAAUGUGGGAUUCCAUGAUAGAAAAUGUGAAGAAAGAAAUAUACCGGCAUGAAGGCAAGGAAGACUAUGAGGAGUCUCCAUUCUAUGAUGUGGUACACAAUAUACUCAUUAAACGGUGGACUAAAAAUUGCACACCACUUCAUUGCCUAGCCCACUCCUUGAAUCCGAAGUAUUACACUAAUCAAUGGAUUGAGGAAGUCAAAGGCCGUGUUGUGCCACAUAAGGAUGCUGAAAUUUCAGCGGAGAGAAACAAGUGCCUCAAAAGGAUCUUUCCUGAUCCUGAUGAUAGGAAGAAUAUUAAUAUGGAGUUUGGUUUGUUUUCAGGAAUUAAGGCUUAUGAUGAUGAUAACAUGGAGGAUAGGAGGAGGCCCAAGUACACUACAGGAGAAUCCAAGAAGUGGGACAUUGGUGGAGAUAAUUGGGAUGAACCAUUUGGAGGACCUAGGUUGCUCGAGAUUGCUUAUCUCACACUAGAUGAGCCAGAGAUGGAGACAAGUAUUGUUGAGAAUGAUGACCAUGUUGAUGAUGAUGAUGUUGUUGUUCUAUGA